CCAUUCCCGUUCCGUUAUAAUAAGAGGAGAGAGAGAGAGAUUUUGGGUUUGUCUCCGGCUCCGCUCGCCGCCUCCAAAUCCCGCUCCUCCGCUGCUGCUCCUCUCUGCCGCGGCGAGGCGAGAGAUCCGAAUCCACCGCCACCCGCGCCCACCCCGCCCGCACAAACCCUAGUUUUUCCGGGGUUUUGCUUCCCCUCCGCAGCUCCGCUCCGCUCCGUCCGUCGUCUCCUCCCGGCGGCUCGGCUUGCUGUCCAUGCUGUAGCCGCCCCCCGCAGGUGGCUGAUGGGCUCCCAGAACCGCCCCCCACCACCGCGCAAGAGGCAGCCGCCGCCGCCGGAGGACCACCUCGUCACCUACAAGCGCCGCCGCUCCAAAGAAACACAGCCUUUGCCACUCAUGGCCAACGGCGCCAAUUCUAAGAAAGACGCCAAGGCCCAACAUUGGAUUAGCUGGAGGGACACUCUCCACGGCUUCCUCCAAUCCCCUGCUAUUAGCCAGGGUGGAGGAAUUCAGACCUGCAUCCGUCAUGCUCUCCAACACAAUCCUUGCUUGCUCACCAAUGGUGUUGUUGUUCACACUGAAUUCAAAGGUAACCCAGCUCAUUCCCAAGGAGAGGAAGCAAAAGUGCAGCACCCUAAUGGUGCUGCUGGAGGCAAGGUGGUUUCUGCAGAUGCUGCUAUACAAGAUGCGGCUGCCGCAGCUUCUUCCGAAGCUAACAAGGCAAUGUGUAAUAAUGCCCUCUUCGACAUUUUGGUCUCCCAGAAAUUUGCCUUGUUGUGCCAUUUGCUACUUGGGACCUUCCAUGUCAAUAAACCUGGUGAUGUCAUCGACUUGGAAAAAAUCGACGCCAAGAUGAGAAAUGGAGACUAUGCCCACAACCCUGCACUAUUUGACGAUGAUAUCCAGCAGAUGUGGGAGAAGUUUGAGCAAGUUGGCCAAGAGAUGACAGGUCUAGCGAGCAACCUUUCAACCAUUUCACGAGUUUCAUACCAAAAGCAGGCUUCUGGAUUUUCUGAAGCUGAGGUGGCUGAGCACAGAAUAGAGGAAAUAAGUUUGCCGGGUGCUGUCCACGUUGUCACAAAGGAGUCGACUACCACCGUGCAGUUGGCCCCAUGUGAUUCUAGUCAUUCUACAAUACCGAAACGAACUGUGCCACCUGGACGUGAUCUGUGCCCUUGCGAUGGUUGUGGCACCAAGGUAGAUGUUGAAGAAGGCCUAAUCUGUGAUGAAUGUGACACCAUGUACCACUUUGCAUGUGUCAAGCUACUCAAUCCUGAUAUUAAGCAAGUCCCAGCAAUCUGGCAUUGUUCAACCUGCAGCUUCAAGAAAAAAGAAUUGGCUGCAGAUACCACGAAUAAUGUUGCCCAUGACUGCUUGCAUGGUGGUAACUGUGUUUUGUGUGACCAGCUCGAGCUGGUGAAGACAGAAGAAGAAGAUCCCAAGCUUCCCAUAAAAAUUGAAUUAGCUGAAGAAAGAGAGGGGAGCUCCGUCUCAAGCAUGGGGGAAGACAAUGAACCAGACCUGUCAACAACUGCCCUGUCAAACUUGUGCAAACACUGUGGCACAUGCGAAGACGAUGACAAGAGAUUCAUGGUAUGCGGACAUCCUUACUGCGUUUACAAGUUCUAUCAUAUCCGAUGCCUGAAAACAAGCCAGCUUGCAAUUGAGCAACAAAAGAAGCUUGGUUGCUGGUACUGCCCCUCUUGCCUCUGCAGAGGGUGCUUCCAAGACAAGGAUGAUGACCAGAUAGUCAUGUGUGAUGGCUGUGAUGAAGGUUAUCACAUAUAUUGCAUGAGACCAGCACGCAACACUAUCCCCAAAGGUAAGUGGUACUGUACAUUUUGCAAGAUCCGCAGGGCAGCGGAAGGAAUGCAUAAGUAUGAGGAUUCUGUGCUGAAAAUACAUGGGAAUAGUAAGCAUGCUUGUAAUGUGAAUCAGUCGAAGGAUUCUGAAGGUGAUGGUACUGAAAAGUGAUCAUCACAAUAGCUUUGUGGAUUAGCUUCUGAGCUCGCUUGGACAAGCUCAGGAAAAGAGAUUCUUUGGCCCCUUAGGAGGGCUAUACACCGACUUUGAUACUGAAUCAGUUGUGUAGUUUAUUUAAUUAACUGCCGUUGACAUCUACAGGAAGAACUCUUACCUGGUGAAGAUGGUGUAUGUAGUCUUUUAGCUGGGCGGAAUGAUGUGUUGUUUACUUGUUCACCUUCCUUCUUUACCCCCUUUCAGUGACCAUUGUGAAUGUUGUCCUGUACUUGCCCUGUGAUGGUAUUCUUAAACGUUUUUUUGGGGGAAAUAUGAUUUUGUUUUUUUAAUCUC